AUGGACAGAUUUCAGCCCUUCAUUACCCAAAAUCUCCUCACUAAAAGUUUCAAUGAUCCAACUAAGGUUUUGAAUGAGAACAGACUACAAGAAACUUUACUCCUUCUGCCGACCGAUGGCGGGAUGUCGUCAAGGCUCAAACAGAGGAACAGAAAAUUGAACUUAGCGAAUCUUGAACAGGAAUCGGGAAUAAGACAUCCUAAUUACCGCAAGAUAAACAAGAACUCGAAACUGGCCCUCAAGGAAUUCAUAAACACAUCACGUAAGGCUAUAACUCAAGCAAAAAAGAUAGCGCACGAGAACUCUUUAUCUACAAGAGAGGAGCUGGAGUCAUUUCUCCACAAGAAUAACCGUGAUGUUUUUGAUAAAUUACCGAAUUAUCAAACAUUUUUGCCAAUGUACAGCGACCUUUGGGUGAAUUAUAUGCGCGAGAUACUAAAUAUUCCGGACAAUUUAUCUUGCUCAAAAAACCUGAACAUCAAUGGUACCAAUUCCUUAUUGAAGUUGUCUAUGGCAGAUUUUAACGGGUCAAAACUAAUGGUAUCCAAAAGCCGAAACCAAAACAUGCGUGGACUUGAAGGGAUCGUUUUAUGGGACUCGCAAAAAACCUUUAUAAUGAUUACAAAAGGAUCAUUGACAGAUGAAAUCAAGAUAAUUCCAAAAAAGGGGUCGGUUUUCAACUUUCAAAUUCCAAUAAAUGAUGAUGAUGCACUAGAAUAUACCAUUCUUGGGGAUAGAUUUAAGUAUAGAAGUAGUGACCGGGCAGGUCGGAAAUUCAAGAGCAGGCGAUGUGAUGACAUGCUUUACUAUAUAGAACGUUAA